AAGAUCGAUCGACGGCGAACAGCAGCGGCGCGUGGACGACGAGGACGGCGACGGUGGUUGUGACGUUGGAGGGCGACGGCGUCGGCGUCGGGCGGGGCGAGAGGGCGCCCUAAUCGUCGGGCUCCGCCAGUACGCGUCCAGCUUGCCGCUGUCAAAAGUGCCGACUCCUCGUUUGUCGAAUUUUAAGCAAACGCAGGCAGGUAAAGGCGAACACAUCGUGUACGGAUAGAAAUAUAUAAAACGUUUUAUUAUCAGAGCGUUCGGUACCACGCUCAAGUAUUUAUCGCGAGUGAUACGACGCUUCGAUUAUUCAACGUGAAUACACGAGAAAAGUGGAAAGGAUAUCCUUUGCUCGGGUGCGGUGUGUGACUCUCUCUCUCCCUUUCUCUGUCUUCCUUUUUUUUUUGAAGACCCCCUGCAGAUUCCCUCAACACGGCACCGCGUUAACUCGGGGCUGUGCCGGUUUCGAGCUUACCUACGGAUAUCGAUCAAAUAUUUAUUGGAAAAAAAUAGUGACUUAACGAGUGAUACGUGUGUAUUUCAUAUACAAGAGUUACGUACGGGAUCCCUAUUUUGGACUCGUUGGAUUUGGGAAAGAGGGAACCUUUCGUGUUGCGACAUUGUCAAUUGUACGUGUGUAUGUCUGCGUCUGGAGAUACAGCAAACUACCCUGGCACCUAGCAGACGGCUUUACAGGGUGGUUUUCCAAUAAUUGAGACUCGUGAGGAAAUCGGCGCAAGGGUGGCGGCGCUCGGAGGUGUCAGGAGGUGGUGCGUGCGGAGGUAGUCGGGAGGGUGUGUGAUUGCGUGCCGGUGGUGGUGGUGAGGUGGAGGUGGUGGGUGUUUGUGCGGGAGUGUGUUUUGCCAACCCGCGCACGGGAGGAAAAACAAAAAGGCGGGGGUGGCGUUUGUGAAAGCAACGUGUAGCAAGAUGGGCUGUGCCAUGUCUGCGGAGGAGCGGGCCGCUCUGGCCCGCAGCAAGCAGAUUGAGAAGAAUUUAAAGGAGGAUGGUAUCCAGGCUGCCAAGGACAUCAAGCUCCUGCUUCUUGGAGCGGGAGAGUCCGGCAAAAGUACCAUUGUCAAACAAAUGAAGAUCAUUCACGAGAGCGGUUUCACGCCCGAAGACUUCAAGCAGUACAGGCCGGUCGUUUACAGCAACACGAUACAAUCGCUGGUUGCCAUAUUGAGAGCGAUGCCGAAUUUGGGUAUUAGCUUUUCCACCAAUGAAAGAGAGACGGACGCGAAAAUGGUAUUCGACGUGAUUCAGCGAAUGGAGGACACGGAACCAUUCAGCGAAGAACUUUUGGCAGCCAUGAAGAGGCUCUGGGCUGAUAACGGGGUACAGGAAUGUUUUGGCAGAAGCAACGAGUAUCAGCUGAACGACUCCGCCAAAUAUUUCCUCGAUGACUUAGAUCGAUUAGGCGCCAGGGAGUAUCAACCUACGGAACAGGAUAUUUUAAGGACUCGAGUGAAAACGACUGGCAUCGUUGAAGUUCACUUUUCCUUCAAAAAUCUUAAUUUCAAAUUAUUCGACGUUGGUGGCCAAAGAAGCGAACGUAAGAAAUGGAUACAUUGUUUCGAGGACGUAACAGCGAUUAUCUUCUGCGUUGCAAUGUCAGAAUACGAUCAGGUGCUGCACGAGGACGAGACUACGAACCGGAUGCAGGAGAGCUUGAAGUUGUUCGACUCAAUUUGCAACAACAAGUGGUUCACGGACACCUCGAUCAUCCUCUUUCUCAACAAGAAAGAUCUCUUCGAGGAAAAGAUUCGCAAGUCUCCUCUGACCAUCUGCUUCCCGGAAUACGCCGGGGCGCAAGAGUACGGCGAAGCGGCUGCCUACAUUCAGGCACAAUUCGAAGCGAAGAACAAGUCAACCACAAAGGAGAUCUACUGCCAUAUGACCUGCGCAACCGACACAAACAACAUUCAAUUCGUGUUCGACGCAGUCACAGACGUGAUUAUAGCCAAUAAUUUGCGCGGCUGCGGUCUCUACUAGAUUAAUUCUGUACUUUAUGUUUAAACGCGAACAAUAGAGAUCAAACCAUGAAGGCGAUCACUCUUAUAAUCGAUGGUCUGUUUCGGUUGACCGAGAGACUCCGGGGCUCAAAUUUUCAUGAAACAAUAGAAAAUAUGUAAAUUAACGGCAAAUCAGAAUUAGCGUUAGAACGAUGCGUGUCAGGACAGAUACGAGGAUCGACGUAAACCGAUACACGGUAUGUUGAGUUACAUAAAAAAAAUGUUUCUAAAAUAUCAUAUAGUAUUUGCACAGCCUGUAAACGCAUCAUCGUUAUUGCCAGUAUUUAUCCAGUUUGGUCGUUUUGAAUUCCGAUUGCUGAUCGAGAUCACAAGCCUCCGCAGUUUUCGUACUACGAAUUGAAAUCAGCGUGACGUAAACAGGUUCUCGAUGACGAGAGUACCGCCUUGAUGGUAAUUAACAUUUUAAAGAAAUCAUUGGAUACGCAAAACACGCACGAUAUAACACACUCUUAUACAAAGUGAGGACAACCUUCUGAAAUAUCUGAUAUAUACGAAUUGUCAUUAUAAUAUACGCGGGCGCAGAGGACAGUUUCACCCGCGUCCCCAUCUAUAUCUGCAUUACGUAUGCAUACACGUUGCACGCAUAUGAGGGAACGCGUGACGGGAUUGUCAUAUAUGCGAAUAAUAAGUCCAUGUCACGUGAUACAUGUCAUAUAUAGAAUUCGACACUGACCAAGGUACAAUAUGACUACGCGCAGGUCCGCGAACACACACGCACACAUACAAUUUCACACGCAUUAAUCCUGUUGCAGUAAUAUUUGCAUUUUUCUCCUUUUCCUUGUAUUUCUUCACUUCUCUUUUUUUCCUUUCGUUCUCAAUUCAAAGAGAAAGGACUAGUAGAAGCACUUACUUGCCAACACGAUAUAGCUCGUAUUGAACGUGUGAAAGUAUACCCCGGGAGCGAAUAAAAUUGGGACAGAGUGGAAUGGGGGAUAGGGUGGGUGGGACUACAAUUUUAUCCAAAGAUGCAUUUCUUUUUUCGAUUACGCCAAUAAGCGCGCGUAGUCGUUAUCGAUAGCACAAAGAGUCGAGGCUUGACAAAAAUAUCAUGUAACUUUAGGUUCCUUAUUUUAUAGCUACUAAUCAUAGGUACGUACAAUACGCGCGUGCGCAACUGCACAAGACGCACCGAAGAAGCACACAACAAAGGGUACAAGCUCGCUUACACAUGAGUCUGACGAAACGAGCGGGCUAGAAUUUGUUCUAAUUUCUUUUUGGUUAACUAUGUCGUUUGACAAUCGAUUUUUCAUUUUACUACUGGCUACUGGCUACUUGGUUAUUGAAUCUUUGUAUUAAUUUUCUUCUUUUUUUCCUUGCAAGACGCGUGUCACUCUGUUUGGACACCACUCUCUGUACGCGCACAUAACGCUAUUUUCAUUCGGCGAGCAUAUACAUACUAUAUAUAUGUAUAUUAUAAAUUUAUAAUCAUAACGCAUAGCUCUAUUAACACGCAGGCGUAGGCAAAGCAUCGCGCGCGCGCAAUAUGAAAAAAAUGCAAGCGUCAUGCGCACCCGGCGUAUCGUCCGUUAACGACGAUCGUCAGGUAUCCUGGAAACGUAUUUUUCUAAGUACCUUAUUUUUCUCUCGUUCUAACUUUCUACGAGUAUAUUGACAAUACCGUUAUGUUCGGAAUAUACAAGAGAAUAAUGAAGGCGAACGACGAGUGGACGAAAUGAGAUAAAAUGAUUUAAAAAAUAAUAAUGCCAGCAAAGCAAGCUCACACGGGACCUCACAGUAGACAUCGUAGUUCAAAAUGUACGUUCGAUGAACGCAAAUCUUGUUGCGCACAAAUCACUAUGUAUUAUUAUUAUUCUUGCAUAAGUUGUACUUUAUUAAGGGACUUGGCUUGGGGCUGGCGGAAUAGGGGAGGGGGGGAGGGGAAGCAGAUUCAAGGUAGCCAAUCGGCGCACGGUUCGUUCGAUAUGCAUUUCCCGUGAUGCGGAGUUCGCAGAUGCUUGGCCCGCAAUCUCGCGUGAAGAUAGGAAUUUUUUAAAUUACAAAAAAUUCGUUUGUCUCUCUUCUUUCUGCCCAUUUAACGCUGCGAACGAUAGUAUCAACGUCAAUGAAAUUACAGUAACUUUUUUUUUGUUUGCGACUAAUGCGAUUUCCACGAUUCCGAAGAGUCGUCUCUCACUUUUUUGUUAAGAAUCUCAUUUUUAUUUUUUAUUUUUUCGUAAAAUUAAGUAAAGGUCGGUACGCAGUCUCCGAUACGGCUUUAUAUCGAUGAGCGCGUUGCGAAUUAUCACGACUGAAUGAAACGAGCGAACGAGCAUUAUCUCCAUAGAGUAAUAAAAGAGUAAUUGGGUAAAGUGUCGGUUUUUAUAAGUAAAACGUUCUGUGACGUUCUCGCGAGAAACGCGCCGUGGCGAGUACAGUGUAUCAUUGAUACUGAGAAAAAUUACAAGAGCGUUUUGUCGACGGUCGCAGGAGAGAGCAGCGAGAGAUCAUAGAAGUAGCCAUGAGCGUUUACGUGAUUUGAAGAUCACAAAUAUCGACAGUCACAAUAUUAAGAUCGACGACACGUGAGACAAACGAACGAUUUUACUUAUGAUUAGUUCUGGUUCCUCGCGACAAAUGAUUUUAUCUGAUGGACGUUAGUUCAGCGCGAAACAGUUAGGGUGUCAAUAAACGUUUUAAAAAAAAAAGGAAAUUAUGAACAAUGUAUAAGGAAGAGAAAAAAGAUAAGGAAAAUGUACCAAAUAAUACGUGCCAACGUGCAUGCAGUGUAACUUUAGUUAGUGAAGGAUAAUGAGGCGUCGUAGUAGUGUCAAUGACUUUGUGUUUGAUCCUUCGAAAAAUAUCUGUUUGCUCGAUCGAUCAGAUACUUUGGCAAUGCUUGAUCGUGAUUAAGAAAGUCGUGCGCGUCCUCGAUGAUGUAGCAGAGGAUGAUAAUGAAUGUAGGGAGUGGGAGAAGGGUACAAAUUUAUUUACAUCGCGAUAACUCCUGGGUGACAUCAGUCAGAUAGAGAGGAUUAUACGUAUUAAGAAAAUGGUAUGGUUAAGCAAGAGAGAGAGAGAGAGAGAGAGAGAGAGAGAGGAGAGACAGAGCAGAGAGCACAUAAAAGAGAAAUGAAAUACGAUAAACGAUUGAUGACGUAGAUAGGAGUAUAUUUGUAAGAGUCUACCGAUUACUGCGUUAUUACUUAUAAAUAAUUAAUAUUAAAAGUGGUAAGUCAUAUUUCUGUGUAUACUUGGGGUAUAUUCCAAUAACAUUUAGGAGAGAGAGAUGAGCGCUAGCAAAUGAAUAUAAAGAUGAUUGUCUGCUAUUAAAGGUGUUUCGAGGUUAAUUAAUGCACGAACAAACGAUGUAAGAAAAUAAUAUAUGUAUGCGCGAACGAAUGACCGUCGAAAGCGUGAAUCGUGUGAAUGCGUCGAAUUAAAUGUAUCGAACAUGCAGUUCGUGCGAUUGGGUGACUGAGCGAUCGAGAGUUAAUUUUAAAAAAGUCUCUCUGAAUCCCAUGCGAGCGCGCCGUGUCCGCAAAAAGGAUUUCUCAUAUUAACGGCGAGAGGAGAAGAAACGACAGUAGCGCCAGGAUCAGGAGACGGAGGCAGUCCUAACUAAAGAAAACAAAGAUGGAUGUCUCUUCGUGCAUUUAUUCGCGUCGUUACAUAACGACAAAACAAAAAUUGCAUCGUGCCAUUUUAAAGCUUAGAAAAUACUUCUAGUCCUUCGAUUCUUGCUUCGAGCGUGCGUCAUUCUUUGUUUAUGCCUUUUCUCUUUAAGGUAAUUCUCCGAUCCUCGGCUACCGACGUCACUUGUCCGCACGGUUAGCAGCGCCAAGCAUUUUGACGCGGCCGCGUCGACGAACUAUCCCCCAGCGAACUUCGACUAUUUGAAUUUCCAUUGGAUGCGCGCGCAACACAAAAUAACUUUACUAAUACGCGACCAAUCCGAUCGUUGAUUUUUCUCGCGUAAUUGCGCAAUCCCAAUACAAAUCGAUCCUCGCUCGCUCCUCAAGGAGUCUUUCUUAUCGCAGACUUACUUUCACGUAGUCCAUUAACUCUUUAUAUUUAUAAUUAAUAACAAUCAUUGCGUAACCGACAUUCGUUCACAAGCUCGUACCCCUUCCUAAUGGCUUUGAUCGAUGAAUUUCGCGCGCUGAUAACACUGAGACAACUCUCAAUGCAUUGCAUUCUCUGGAAGGUCGGCCGUAACACGUUAAAUCUCGUAUCGCAACGUGCCACAUUAGCAUUUUCGUCACGUGUUAAAUGUCCCCGUGGACAAAAUCCUAAUUGAGUGACGAGACCUACGAACAAAAAUGGUGAAACCGAGCGUAUAUAUUCAAUCUAUCUAAUCUUUACCGAUCUGACCUCACGUAUCACGUAUUACGUGUCACGUUGUUGCUUACUCCUUUUUUUUCUUUCUUCGUCACUGAUGUUCUUUCUUUAUUUUAAUUUUUUUUUCUUCUUAUCUACCUCUCGCUUACAUACGUCAGGCACAUAGGUAAUCGCCACUUUAUUACACGAUUGUAAACGUGUAUCAUUCUGAUUACGAUAUAUAGUUUGUAUACACCUUAUCAUUAUUAUCCGUAAUAAUUAUUAUUAUCAUUAUAAUCAUUAUUAUUAUUGUUGUUAUUAUAUACUAUUGCUAUUGCGGUGGCCAUAUUAUUAUAAAAUUUAACGCCGAUCCCCAUUAAUGGGGCUGUCGUUAUAUGUAUCAUUAAUUAUUAUACCUAAGUCUUGCGUAUGUCGUGUUUCUAGUCACAUAGUCAAUGAUUAACACGCGGGUACACGUUUAACACUCGAACGCAUACACACUCGCGGGCGCAAAUACACAGGGAUACAGUCAACCAUACGUAUGCACAUUCAGUGACAAGUAAAUGCGUUAGUAAUGGGGAUGAUCAUUCGUUUUUAAAAAAUGUUAUUGCGUACAUCGGGCUUUUCUGGCGUCUUGGCGAUUUAUAUGACGCGACGCAUAUAUGUAUACGCUUGGAAGCGGAGAGGCAGGUAGGGAACAACAUUUUAAAAUGUCGACGCGACUCUGUGAUGUUACGAUCCGAAUCCUACCACAAUCUUGGGAUAGAUUUGCUGGCAGCUCGUAGGUAUUUUAAAAUGGGCGGGUGUACACGAAGAACGUGAAGGAACGACGUGCAUUUGCAAUUUGCGACGAGCGUGCGAAAUGGUGGCUAGAAUAGUUUUUUUCUUUGCCCCUUGAGCAAAGCUCGAGGCACGUUUCUCAGUUGACAGAGAGCAUGGAGAGGAACGUCGGUGAAUCUUAAUUGUUCCGUUUAUUAAGUGAUGUUCCUAUGUACGAUUGGGAUAUGUUAUACUGGGGGUAUUUUAUUGGCAUUUUUAUGCAGAGAGGAUUGCUCCUUUUUUGCUCGCUCGCUCGUUCUUUCGUUCGUUUACUUGGGGUUUUAUUCAUUCGUUUCACUCUUGAACGAUUCACUACACUUUUAGAUGCAGACACGAUACGUUCGAUCGGGGCUCGCGCUUUUUUUUACUUUUUUUUUUCAAAGACUCGUCUUCGGCAGGGAAUUGUCAGAGUAACGUUUGGACGAUGUGGUUGCUGAUGGGUUGAGGCAAAUUUUUAUUACGAAGAAACAUUGUCGUAAGAUACGAAAAUGGGAAAAUUCCAGAUUGCUGGAAAAUUGUUUUUGAGUGGUCGCGGGUCUUUAGCGUCUUCUGAGAAGCAGUCUGGGCACGUUUAGGAACUAAAAAUUCUGGCUGGUGCGUGGCGCUAUUUGUUUGGGGUGACACCUAUUAACGAAAAAGAAAGAAAAAAGAAAGAAAUCCUUCUACCGAACAAUAUUCGCUACACGUUGUAAUGUACUUUCUAUCAUUAUGGAUGAAUUAAUAAACCAGUAAAUAAAAAGAAAUAAUUAUAGCGUUAUAUCGUAAUUAUAAUAAUUAAUGGUAAUAUUAAUGAUUAUAAUAUUGAUAAUGAUAAAAAUAUAUAUAUAAUGUUUAAUUGACGAUUAAUAACCAAGAGCGCACGUAUUUCAUGAUACAUUCGUAGUUAAAAGACGAUUGAUUUUUGUGAAAGAGUGUUGUGUAAGAAGUAUAGGAAAAGGAUAAACGCGAACACUAUGUGGAACAUUAUGAACUACCACCAAAAGAAAUCUCUCAUUAUAUAUAAUUAUUAUGUAAUAAUUGUCCAUACAUCUUAAAAUGUCAAAAUAAACUAAUAUUAAAAAUA